AUGAAUUAUUGGGAAUGGCGAGCGCUUUGGAGACGCUAUGCGGGCAAGCCUUCGGAGCCAGGAACGUUCAUGGAUUGUUCUGUUCCUAUGUUGCAUCCUUAUUUUGCCCUUGUACCUCUUCGCCUCUCCCCUCUUGAAGCUUCUGGACAGCCGUCGGGGGUGGCGGAGCUGUCUGGGGUGCUGGCACUGUGGAUGCUACCGCUUCACUUCAGCUUCGCUUUCCAAUUCCCGCUUCAGAGGUUUCUGCAGAGCCAGCUGAAAAUGGGGGUCAUUGCUUGGGUGUCUCUGGCGGCGCUGCUUGUGCACCUAUUUGUCACAUGGCUGUUUGUUUACACACUAAAGCUUAACGUAAUUGGGGUGGCGGUGACGCUAAAUUUCUCUUGGUGGGCUUUGGCGGUUGGACUUUUCGGGUACACGGUGCUCGGUGGCUGCCCUCUCACCUGGACUGGAUUCUCCAUUGAAGCCUUUUCGGGCCUGUGGGAGUUCGUGAAGCUCUCCGCUGCUUCAGGCUUGGAGAACUGGUACUACAGAGUGCUGAUACUGAUGACCGGAAACCUGAAGAACGCAGAAAUCGCAGUUGAUGCGUUGUCGAUAUGCAUGAACAUUAACGGGUGGGAGAUGAUGAUUCCCCUUGCGUUCUUUGCCGGAACAGGCUAUUGCUUUCACAAUCCAAUAUUUAUGAACAAAAGUCCACCUUGUGUACCUCUUCAAGAAGGCUUUCUGUUGGAGGUUGGCUGUCGGGCACUUGACCGUGUAACAUCAGUUCAUUAA